AUGGAGCCCGUCAAGCCUAUACACAUCACCACACCAUCCACAACCCUGCUUGCGCGGGUGAGGACGAUGGUGCCUCCGAUGCUAGAGAAGUUUCACAAAGGCCAAUUGGGUCGGGUUGCGGUCAUUGGUGGCAGUGCCGAUUAUACAGGAGCACCGUAUUUCUCGGCAAUGGCGUCUGCAAGAUUAGGUUGUGAUAUGAGUCACGUCAUAUGUGAAAAAUCAGCUGCACCGGUCAUAAAAGCAUAUUCCCCAAACCUAAUGGUCCACCCCAUUCUUCCCAGCACAGCAUCAGUCUCAGACUCCCCCUCCAAAGACCCAGCAUCCCUCGCCAGCCCCAUCCUCGACAUGCUACCCCGCCUACACGUUCUGGUCAUCGGUCCCGGCCUAGGCCGAGACGGCGUAACCCAAAAAGUCGUGAUAGAAAUCAUGAAAGAAGCACGCAACAAAUCCGUGCCCUUUGUCCUCGACGCAGACGGACUAAUGCUCGUAAUUGAAAAACCGGAUCUAGUCAAGGGGUACAAAGAGUGUAUCUUGACACCCAAUGUUGUGGAGUUUGGUCGUCUGGCGAAGGCGCUUGGUGUGCAGGUGCCGAAUGCAAAGGAUCAGGAUGAUGAGCAGCAGUUGAGUAAGGCGUCGGAGGCUUGUGAGAAACUCUCGCAGGCGUUGGGGGGUGUUACGAUUAUUCAGAAGGGGGCCAAGGAUGUGAUUUCUAAUGGUGUUACGAGUAUCAUAUCUGAUCUCAGAGGAGGACUUAAGCGGAGCGGUGGACAGGGUGAUACCCUUACAGGCUCUCUGGGAACUUUGAUGGCCUGGCGUGCAGCAUACCACGAUGGUCUAUGGGAUUCGGGGGAGAAGUCUUCCAAGUCUACUGCACAGAGCAAGGAGGAAGUUCAAGCCGAGAUAGAGAACAAGGAUACGAAGAUGUCGCCGACUACGACUUUGCUUCUGGCAGCGUAUGCUGGAAGUGCGAUCACGAGGGAUUGCUCGAGACGGGCUUUUGAGUCCAGGGGACGGAGUCUGCAGGCUAGUGAUUUGACAGAUCAGGUCCAUGAGGCGUUCUUGGAUCUGAUUGGGGAGCCGGAGGCGAAACUGUAG